CAUUGAAGAUCGACAUCUGAUGAACCUCUUUGUCUUUGCUAUCUUCGCAACCCAUAGCUUUACAAACUUCUCGUUGGCCAGCUAACAACGGCAACUUAGCUAAAGCACGAGUUUUAAAUUGGAUUACCGUGCAAAGAACAACAUGGCGUCGUUCAGAAUUGACGAUAUUUUAGCUCGACCACAGGUAUCCCGGUCCCAAACUGGCAGUGGAAUUGGCGCAUCAACCCCGAUACCAAAUUAUCAACAGUUAAGCUUUGGCGUAGACCAAAUACUCGCAAGACACGAAACGGAACAAAGAGAAAGACUACCUGUGUUAGGUAAGAAAGAUAAGAAGAAAGUUAAAAUCAUGAUGCGACCAAAUCGCUAUCUUGCGCUUGUUUCGCGGACGGUUUGUUUUCCGAUUUAUCCGAGAUUACUUAUUUUUUUACAGCCUUAUGUGGCAGAUACUAAGUGUAUUUCAUACGUAAAAAUUCUCAUAAAACAUUUAUGGUUUUAUUUAAAAUGGGUAGAUUUUUAAACAGCUUGGCUCGACACUAGAUCGCAACAGACAAGCGAUAAACUUUCACGUCUCUGAUUUUAUCUCGCUGACCGUGAGGUAUAUUAACAAAAGGAAAAAUUGUAUGUUUAUAACUGCCUUCUGCUUCGCCAACCGCAGAGGAAAAUAUGGUCGAUUAGAACCUCAAUUAUCGUAAGUUAUCCACUCCCGUUUUCGAUCAAUAAUAACACUUUAUGAUUGUGCAUUUGUGUAGUUAAAAGCUUUCGAUUUAAGCAGCGCGGGAACAGAGCAUGGAAUAUUACGAACAGCUUCUCAACCUAGUCAGCUCGAGCAAUCUGUUUCUUUGCAAAGUAGAACACAAUGCGCCACUUAAUUAAAGAAAUACCAAAGCAUGUUUAAAAGAGUCGAAAGAAGAAUAUUAAAUUAAUUGUUUUCCAAGCUUAUCUUUUCCCUUUUAUCACAUAUUACUGCAGGUGAGCAAGGCAAGGCCUAGGCACCAAUGUUAUUUCGCGUUUAUGUUUAUUUGUGAAAUGAUCAGACAGCCGAGUUGCCAUUCAAAUAUCUCAUGGCCCUUUCGCUCGUUGAUGUUUUCAUCCUGUAGCGGUUUUUGAGCACAGCGCGCUCUCGACUGCUUACACUUGAUCGUUAUAAUCUAACACGCUGUGCCCGGUUUCUGAAGCCGAUCAAACAACGGAAACGACAACGUAUCUAUUGUAUCAAAGAUAUAUUUACGGAAGUUGCGCCCUUGUACGAAUAAAACUAUUGAAGUGGUUGACGCUCAGAGAGAAGGGUGAAAAUUUGUUUUUGUCUUUGUCAGCAAAUAGGUCGAACAUUGCGGGCAUGGCGAGCACUUUACAACUUUUAUUUUCGCAAUGACCCGUUAUCUUCAUUAAAUGGUGUAAAUAGUAUCCCUAGUUUAUGAUUAAACAAAAUUAAUCUUUCAGCCUGAAAAAUCGCUGUAGAGUAUUCUGUCUCUGUAAAUAGCAAAUAGGACAGGAAGGUUGCUCAACCUAGGAAACGGUAGUAGCUGAUGUUGUGACUCUUAAUUCAACGCCUAUCUUAGGUUUGAAAUAAAUUCCAACCACACUGAGCAUCUGUAGUUAAAGCUGAUUAGAUCUGUUCCUGCUUUUAUGUACAAUUGUCGAGCGGAUCUGACAUGGGGUAACAGCAAUAACCAUUUCUGGUGUCACACGCAUUUCCUAUAGCUAGAACAUUUGCUUUGAUGUGAAAAUCGCUUUGUUUCCGAGAUAUGUACAGCACAGCAGACCAAAAAAGGCUCGGAUUAUAUGCUACAAUCUAAACAACAACUCAGAAGUUCUUUCUUUUCUGAUCGUGCCUCUGAAAAAAUCGAUCUUGAAGAACAGGGGCGCUAACCAUACAAGAGAAAAAACAUCAAUUUUCUGACAAACGUCUCGGGUUUUGGGAUUUUGGUUAUAAUAACAACGCGUCUUAUGGGGCUGCACUAAGACGCCCUCUAGUUUUACGCUACUCAAAGGGAUCCUCAUUAUUAAAGAAAAAUUUUAAGGUGCGAGUUAUCUUUAAAGAAAUUGGCUCGAUGGAUAGACCUUGAAGUUUAUAAUUGUCUAUUUGUCAAAGAAGGGGGUUAUUUCAUUAAAUCUGGUUAUGUGAUGGUUACUUAUGAAAACUGAUGAGACAUCUACAGUCAGUUAAUGUAACAGGAAAAGACAACACUGAAUUUUCGUGGGAUUAACUGGGUUACAAUUGUUCAUAGGGAAAUGAGAGGGGAAAAACUCUUUGAAAGAGAAAUGAAGAAAGAGUAAAGAUAUAGGCCUUUGCACAGAUGUUAUUGCAGAGAUAUGUCGAAACAUUGGAGUAUCAAUAACCAAAAGCGAUCGAAUUCGCCUUUCGUUAAGAAGCUGAAUUGUUACAAAAGAAUUUGUUAGCUUUUUGAUAAUAACUGUACCAUGUGUUUUCUAUUUAACAUUCUACUGGUUUCAAAUCGAUUUGUUACCAAACUAUGGGUACAUAGAAUAUGUACAUAGCAAGCUGUGAAAGGAAUUUCUUCGGUGUAUUAGUAUAUUCUCAUGAUAAGUUCAAUUAUACUUGGUCAAAAUUACUUCGUUGUGAUUAUUUCCCUCUGUACACCACAGCAUGCCGCCUUUCGAAGGCCAACUGAACACGUUAAGUAGAAGAAUCAAGCACAAACCCGUAAGAAAUAUUUGUCCCGUGAUACAAGACUGUGCAACAUGUACGUGUAAUUUACAACAAGUGAAUCAGUAUUAGCUGUCUUUUCUAUGAAAACAUAUCUUUAUAUGUUUAAUUGGUAAACUUAUCGACCCGUAAUACAUUGUUUCCUUGUCGAUUUAAUGCCAACGUGUUUACGAAUGAUUUUUGAGAUAACUAACAUAUUCUGUCUGCAGAAAGAAUGGCACACAUUUUUCAGACUUUUCUCAAUUCUUAGGGCUUCAAACAAAUAUAGAGAAAGAUAUAAACGAUUGACUUUUUGGGAUAGAUUCUAGAAAAUACCUCUUUUUGACUAUUUUUUAUGUCUUCAUAUAUUAGAGCCUGAAAUUAUUUUAAAUUUUACCUCCAGGACAGUACUUUUUUUGUAUCUGUAUACAGCUUUUGCUGAAUAGAGGGGCGAAUAAAAUUUGAAAAUCCUCCUUCAAGGUAUCCGAGGCACAGUUAUAUGUCAUUUGAAAACUUUCGAUAGGAGAUUUUGUAAGACUCUCAAUGUUUUUUGUGUAUCAUCAUGACUAUUAUCAUCAUGAACAUGUUCUGUUGUUUCGUUCCUUCGUGCACAAAAAUUAAUUACUCCUCAAUCUCUCCGACCAUCUUUCAAGUCCUUUUUAAUUCAUGUUUCUUCUUUAAACGCUUUUUUCGUUGUGUUGAAGAGUAUCAUAUUAAUGACAUCCUUUUAGCUAUAUAUCAUAAUGGUUUAGAUUUGUUUUUAUAAAAUAAAACAUGUUUCAUGUUAAAGGGGCUUUUAAUCUCUUUUUCUUCAUUCUUUUUUAAAAAGUAUGAGAAAAAACCCUCUACAGAUUUGAACUCCAACAAGAAAUGUUUCAGAAACUUGGUUUAACUAUAAAAGAUCUAAGAAAGGUUUACUGGAUAGGCGAACAUGUGGCAAGAGUUAAAUAAUAAUUUUGUUUUCUUGUUUUUUAUAGAAGAAUGAUGUCAAUUUUUUUUGAGUUGUAAAUCCGUUUAGUCCAGAAAAGACCUUUUGAAUACUUUUCCUCAAGAGUAGGGUUACAAAAAUCGGAAAUGAGAACUUGAAAAUCUCUAGAAGUGUACACCCCGAGGACAAUGGCUCUGAAAAACACGGUUACUGCAUUUCAUUUCCCCUUCCAUUCAGAAAUGGCAGCUGCUUUUGGUUUAGAUUUAUCACUUUUACUAUGGUUAUUUAGGCUACUAGAGCGGACACUUGUUAGUCUCAUUUGCACAAAUAAAAUUAGCAAUAAAGAGUUGACGAAAGCUGAGUCCUUGCUGGGUACCAAGAUUCCGAGGAAAACCAAACCUUUUCGAACUGUCUCUGUGGCUUCUGAGAUGAAAGAUGCUCCGGAUUUUUCGCCUGACAUGUUCAAGUGGUUGCAAAACGAAGGACAUUUUUGUUGUCGGUGUAUUGCAUUUCUAACCAAACGCAAAGGUUUUAUGUCUCCAAAAAGCUGUCAUGCAUUAGACAAAGGACCACGCCUUGUUCUGCCUCAAAACAAAACUUAAAUACACAAAUCAUCUUAGGCGAUCAGCUAGAAAUGGAUUAGACGCUAAUUCCUUUGUAGUCGAUGGUGAUGAUCACCUUUUCCAAGAAAGUUGAGAGAAUGAAGUGCAAGAUGAGUGAAAUCAAGAGAGACAGAUUCAACAAAGGCCUUACAAUGGAGGCGCGCCAAUAGAUUGAAUCGGUUUUCUAAAAUCCAUUUGCUUAUUUGUGUUGCUUUGUUAUAUGAAUGCGAUAAAAGCUCAAAUGGACAUCAUUCGUCACCAGAUCGGAAAGACAAAUAUUUUUACUACAUAACAAAAACUAUUCUGGAUUUCAAAACUCACAAAGAACUAUUAAUAGAGUCAACGUUACUCACGAGAUCUUUCAAUCUAGCGUGAGAAAGUUUGUCCAAAUGACAAGAUCAGGUAUUUUGUGUCAAACUUGUCUGAUUUCUUGUACCAAGAAUGGCCACCCAAUUAGACGAAAUGUUUCUGUUUUAUCAUAAGUCGCACGAAAAUCCAAAGCCGUUUAUAAGAAUUUGAAAGGUUAUAAUUAAGCUUAAGAGAAAGCUUUUGAUGUCAAUGGGACACGUGUUUUGGAGACUGAAAGACACGUUUCAGGGGACUUUCGAAAAACAAAUUUCAUUUCAGUGGGUAACACGGAUAAAGUGACACUAAUGGACUAGUGACAAUAUAAUGUCCAGUAUCAUUGUAAUUGCUUGAAGAGCUAGACAGUAGCUAAUGAAAGCAGUUGACUUGUAAGUUUAACUUCUACUAUCGCGAGUCUUUGUUCAUUAAAUGAAAAUAAAACACCAGCCUAAUUGCAAACAAUAUGGUUAACACAAGAACGAUUGAACAAUUAGCACAGCAUUAGCACAAUGAAGCAGCAAUUAGUCACUAAUAUCAGCACAUUUUUGACCUCGAAUUGUUUAUUUUAUUGAAAAGAGAGCAUUUCGAAUUAUCACAUGUCAUAAAACUUCAACCAUGUUUCAGAUAUUCCUUACAGUACAUAGAUCCUAAAACCAACGCCAUCUGCCUUGGUUGACCAGAAGUUCUAUAGGUAAAACAAGAUAUGAAGCACGAUUUAUAUUUUUGAGGGGGAAGGUGGUUUUUUGAAAUGCACAUCUGGAUGGAAUUUGUUAUGCUAUCAUUAUCAUGAUCGUUUUCCCACGUUCUCCCACACACGGAGAUAAAAUUAUGUUUUAGAUCGUGAAAAAAAUUCAUUUAUCUGCCAUUAUGACCCACAUGUGAUUGAUUAUUUCAUUAAUAACGGAAAAAUAACAAUAAAUAUUUCUUCUUGAUACGAGUACCACAUAUAUAACUAAUGCGUUUUAUGAUGAUUCACAGCCGGCGAACGUUGCUUAUAGUAUUCACUUUAACGACAUGAAACUUUGCGAGCGGGGUUCCACUUUCAUUGCUGAAAAACAGCUAAUGCUGUUUGAUUUCGGGACUAUGUAUCACGGUUUUCUAUUUCUUGACGUGCGUUAACGUAAAAUGACUUUUUCAACUGUUUGAGAUGAUUUCUACGUGUGGGUGUUUUUGAGAGAGUUCUCUUUCGUAGUUUGAAGGUAAGGUCACUUGUGAAGAACAGCAGAAACGAGAACUCUAUUUAAAUGGUCACAAUGAGCAGGAUGAAAUCUGGCGGACGUGACCUAUACAAACCAUCCUGUAAGACACAAUAAACAGUACAAAGUGACAGUUCUACAUGAUCACACUCUAAGUUUUCUUGUUCUCAUAGAUGUAAACAUUUUAACAACUUUUACGUAGCUUUGCUGGAGUAGUGUCAGUUUACAAAUGAACUGCUUGUAAACAUGGGUUCAUCAGAAGUGUAAAAAACGUAGCAACAACGUAACCUCAGUGUCUAUGAAUUAAGUUUUUUGGCAUCUAAUUGAGACACUUAAAGCCUAAGUAAAUCUAAGUAAUAACUUUUUCACUGGGGUGAUUAAAAACAAUUUUAACUCUUCAUUUGAAUGCAGACAACCGGAAAUUUCUAAUCACGCACAGCAGUUCGACAAGAAAACUUUAAUUUCAAUGCAGUGAUCGCUAGUUGGAUUUUCAUUGAUAUGAUAGAGGGUCAUCUUCGAUUCAAAACAAUGCAAUAAAAAGUAUCAUAUGGGAGAGCUUCUCAAUGGCUUUCAUUAAAUUGGUAACAUACUUAGUUUUUAUGCACACAGGCAUACACAUUACAAUUGGGAGUACCUUGUACACUAUAACAGACGCCACACGAAAGUACAGCUCUAUCGCUUUCACUUGCAUAAUCUCACACAUUAAUUUUUUAUUUAGAGAUUUAAGAGUUGAAGUCACCUUUUACAGCGUAGUAAACAUUACCACGUGAAAGUACAGCUUUUCUUUUGAAUGGUCGCAGUAAGGGCUUAGGGCUAAGCUUCAUCUACCAACUGAAGGGUGGAAGUAUCCUGUGAUGUAUUGUCCGCAGAAUUACAAAUCAGAAUACAAGCAUGCAAGUUGUAUGGUUGAAUACUCUAUAUAAGAAAACCACUAUGAAAGAAACUUGAAGAUUUUCAUUUACGAUGUUUCUUAGAGUACAGUGUGAAACGCUGUGAAUAAUAUACAAGGAUAGAGCUUUUGGUCCAACUUACAAGUUAUCAAACAGGAAAUCUCUGUGCAAUGUAUCUAGUUCCAUGGCGUAUAUUCUUUGAAACGUUUUAAGAGGCGAGUUUCUUAUCUUCUUAGACGAAAUAACAAUUUAGGUGUGACUUUGCGAAGGUAGUGAUAUUAGGCAAUGAAUGAUUGUUUCGUUUCAUUUGUUUCCUCUUGAGGAAACAUCAAGCAAUUGCCCAGGGGAUAUCUCGCGGAGAUGUCAAUGAAUAGUUAUGACUCAAUCACCACACCAUUUAUUCUAAUAUAAAAACAUAAAAAGUUAACUACCGAAUGCUAGUUUGUUUUCUGGGGGCACACUGUGUCAAAUCUACAACCUGAUUUUUUAUGGUUUUUCCCGACGCUCAUAUGAAUGACUUAAGUAAAUCCUCUGAAACUCUGGAUUAAGUCAGAAUUAUGAUCUUUUUGCAAAUGGAACUAUUUUUCGUUAAGCACUAAAUCUGAGAGUAUAUGAAUCAAAUCGUAAUAAUGAAUUGAUCAAUACCUAUUCAUGGUCGAGUUCUGCCGAAUAAGCUUUCACUUGACUUGAAAACCUAACCUUGCCAUUUUUAUCCUCCACUAAGGAAACUGCUCUUUAAUGUCACUGGCUCUAUAAAUUGUAUGAAUGUAAACCAUAUAGACUCCAGUCCGGUUUCAGACUUUUGGAGAUAUCGCAAAGCUACCUGAUCUCACCUUCCGUAAGAUAAGGCUGAGAUCUUUCUCUUCGAAUAAAAAUUCAUAGUGGACAUACACCCUCUGUGUUUGAUUCAUUAUUCACACUGGUCGAUAAGAAACACUACCUCAUUGUACAGUAUAAAGAUGUUUCUAGUCAAAAGAUUUUAAGCAGGUCAUAAUCUCUGCUUCUAAAAUAAAGGAAUUUUAACAUAAAUUCUGAGCACCCUCAAAUAUGGAGCUCCUCAGUUCAAUGUAAAUACUCUAACCUUUUCUCUUUCAUAAUUUAAGGAUGUAAUUUAGAAUGAUCCUAUCUCUGAGGUAUUAAUUAUUACUUUUUAUGAAUGAUUUUUUUAAAACAUAUUGGAUUUCUAGUCUGUAGUUAAAUUGUUAUACCUACUUGGUCAUUAAAUUACAGUAAAUACAUGAGGCAAAUCCAAGGGAAAUCAGUUUUGCUUCGAGUUGGCAGGGAAUUCGAGUUACCGACGGUUCGAGUUAUCGGGACUCAUCUUACUAAUUUAAUGUUACUAGUCGUUCGUACAUGAUGCUGCUAUUUCUUUGCAAUCAGAUUUUUAUUGGAAAUAAUUAAUAAGUAGUAAUCUGCCUCUAGUAAUGCCAGUAGUUGCAGUAAUAAAUGCAGUCUUGUUUUAUUACUUCCUCCUUCUCCGUGUAGAUAUAGAUUUGUGCUGGGGGGAGGGGGGGGGGGCGGUUUUCGUUUUUUACUCUCCUUUUCCUUUUAUCGAACGAGUAAGUUAGAACCGUUUUGACGACCUGCAAGUUAUUUUGUUUUUAGAUAUUUGUAUCAGUUGGUUGCCUGGCUCGGCUAGCCAUUUCUAAGUUUUCUAAGCAGCCAGGAAUCUUAUUUAAUUUUCGCGUAGGUUAGGCGUGAAAAGUACAAGUAAAUAUUGGAAUGGUUGUUGAUAUUGCAGUGGCUCUUUUUGGUGUUGUCGCUGUUCAGUUUUGACUCGGUCACGGCUUGAAUUGACCCAAAAAGAGUAAGAUAGAUCAUAAAUAUUAAGCUGUUUUUCUUUCAGGUCCUUACCCAUUGGUUCCUAGCGCAUGUGAUCACUUACACGCCACUUAUUGGGCUUCACCUUAUUUAGCUACGCAUGCACAGCCUUUACUUUGUGGAUCGCUCCUUCAUUCAAAUUGUGAAGCUUGCUACAGCCAUACUCCAUACUCGUACAGCUCAUUAACAGGUGAGAUAGAGUGCUUAGCUUUUAAAUUAUAAAACAGUUUAAUACCAAAGUAUUCAUAACCGCCAAUCAGAUCAAAUGAAUAUCAUAAGGAGCUGAUGAGGACUAAAAGUAAAAACAAACAUCCUUUCUAAUCCUUUAAACCCUGAGAAAGACUGGUAUCUAGUUUAUCCGUAUAGUAUCACCCCUGAAUCACAUUUAGGUCACGAAAGUAAAGGAAAUGAUCACUAGCUUGAAGAAGCUCUUGACUAUCAGACAAAUUCUCCUUGUAAGCAUCUAGGAAAUUAUGGAGAGAAGUAUUGAGAUUAUGGUGGUUAAAGCACAGGGGACCGCGAGUGACCGAGGUGCAAUUGGUGCCGGUUCACUUUCAAGGUUACGCGAGAGGGUAACGUGAGUUUUAGGGAUCGAUCGCUAUGAGAACGAUCCCCAAUAUUUACGUCAAAUAGAGAGGACCUAUUACUUGAUGGGUGGGCGGCCAGUUUAUCGAGCUACCUUCAAAAUGGCGGCAUAUUUGAAGAAAAUGUUUGAAAUUCUAGUUUAACUAAACGUGGGCAGUAAAGUCAUUUGAAAUAUACUUUUCAGUAAUGGAGAGAGAAAUUACACGGUUUCCAUUGCAUAGUUCUCUUUAAAAUUUCUAGAAUUAUGGUAUCUUCCUUUGCUAAUGUUGAUAGCAGUGAGGCCAUGUGGCCGUGUGACUGGGUGGCCGAGUAGCACAUAAGUCAGUCUGGUGGUCUCGGGUUCAAGUAAUCCACCCUGCUAGCCACUGGAUUUGUUCUCGGUUGCCCCGAAUUCAACUCCUCGGCUGCUCUCUGUAAAUAGCUAACUGACCCGCCUCUUGUCAGUGGGUUUAUUAAACACUAUCUUUUUAUGUUCAUUUACGAUGUUUAGUUACAGUUCGUUUGAAUUUUAGGGCUUAGAUGAUACUAACUUCAUGUAAAUCUGGUUUAUCCCAGUAGAAUAAGGUGCAUUGUCAUUAUUCAUAAACACGGGUUGGACAGUUGUUGGUCCUUUUAGGCUGAGGUUCUUGAGUUGUUUCUUGACAUAAUUAUCCAACCCGUGUUCGUUAGCCGUAUAUUUAACUGAGACCUAAAGGUAGAAGAGAAAAACCCACAGAUCAUAAACCAACAACUCGUUGUUUAUCGUUUUCAAUAUGACCUGCGUGAUGCAGAUUAUGUAGGCUAUACGCGCAGACACUUACACAUGCGUGUGGACAGACAUAAACAACGGUAAUCCUUUAUGUAGAAACACCACCAAGACAAAUAUGACAAGGUCCCUGAAGAUCUACUGAGGAGCUUCGAUGUUCUAAAGAAAUGCAAAAAGUUAAUUCGAUUACUUAGUGCACGAGAUGUUGUUCAUCAGAGAACUAAAACCAACUCUGAACGUGCAAUCCGACUCACUCCGUGUUAAAGUAUUUCAGUAAUUUAAUCUCACAUUCUUUAUCAUGUAAAUUUAUUGCGGUUAUAAGUACUCGCAGAAUUCCUAAUCCUAACGCUUACCUUGACAAUGGCGUCAUGAAGACUCCGAAACGUCGGCUCACAUCGCUACUGUUUACGUGUUUAUGUAUAACAAGAUAUUUAUCGGCAAGAGUUGUUAUUAUCAUUUUAAUUUCAUCAUCGUCAUUACUAUUAUCAUUGCUAUUACUGUUAUUUUCAUUAUUAUUAUACACAAGGCUUUCUUUCUCCUUUGAUUAUUGGCAGGCAUGUAUGGCGAAUAUGGCACCUCUGUUCUUAACAAAACGAUACCAGGCCAAGUCUUACCCGGCCAACCAAAGCCGAGGAAACCAAGGAGGCCUUGGACAAGGGCAGUGUUUUCUAAUCUUCAGAGGAAGGGACUGGAAAAACGCUUCCAGCUUCAGAAAUAUUUAACAAAAGCCGAUCGACAUCAGCUGGCAUCUAUGUUGGGGUUGUCUGACAACCAAGUGAAAGUCUGGUUUCAAAACAGGCGAAUGAAAUGGAGACAAGAAGCGAGAGAGACAAUAACAACCGGCAGUCCUGAGGAAGGUUCAGAUAAGCAAGACCAAUAGUUUACAGUCCCUCACGGUCGUAAUAUUUUAAAGUUCAAGGAAGAGAAGACCGAAGAAUCAUCUCUUCACUGAGAAAUGAAAUAAAUUAGUUACGGAUGAAAAUAUGUAUCCGAAGUUAGUUAAACAGGAGUUUAAUUUAUUAGGUGAUAAAUUUAUCAUCUUUGUGUAAAAAGGUUUAGAAAUGCUUGACGUGAAUUCCAAUGGCCCGUUUCUCGUAUGUCCUGAUGGUAACCGGCCUCAAAAAACUGUAUUUUUUUUUUUACUUGUUUACAUUUAGGUUCGAGACAUUAGUAGCUGUGAUAUUCCAUGAAAAUAUCAGGAACGAAACAGAAUGCACUGGUAUUUGAGUUCAGACCAGCUGCUCUGUUCCUUCAUAGACCUAGAUUUUAAAAUGAGGUCUCGUGCUAAUAAAGUAACCAGGACCUCGAGAAAGGCCCCAGGUCCGGUAACUUGGUUAAGUUCAUUUUAAUCCACGGACGAAUAACCAUGCAUUCUUAAUCAGAGGGUUUCAGAGUUUUCUCAAGGCUUUGCAACCUUCUUGUUUCUACGAGGAGAUUCUUUAUAUUUUAAAAUAAUUUUGAUAAACAUUCUACUGUUCGCAACUCGAAAGCGAGGCUACUUGGUAAACUAGUUGGUAAACUUUUUAUCAUGUUUAGUUUUAUGGUUACUUCUAUUACAUGAUCAAUCCCUUUGUAAAAUCUUUGAGCUCAAGAGCUUUUGCUUCACAAUGAAAGAAGCAAUCAUAUGACAUCUGGUGCCACGUGCAAAAAAGGUGCCAAACACGAAAUUCAAACAUCAAAAUUGAUGGCAUUUGUUAAAAGGCAUAUACAUACAUUAGUUCAAUGCUUAAAAAUAUUGUUUACGCUUUCGUGAUUCGUCAUAAUUUUUAGGAGGCUUUUCUGUCAGAGAAAAGCAUGCUUGUAAAGUAAAUUGAUGCAGAGAUACGUCAAAACUUUCUAGGAUAAAUGAAAAUUAGAAGGAUGAUCAUGAUGUUGACUACAGGACUGUAAAAUGAGAUAAAUUUACAUGAAAUGUCACCAACAAAAUAAAGAGAAAAAAAACUAAGAGAUAAGAGACUUAAGACACAGAUAUAACGAGUUCAAGUGAAAAUAAUGGUGUCCAGAUAUUUGUAACCUUUUUUGAACUUCCUUCAAAGAGAAGGCGAACACAAAUUAUCAGUUCUAAGGAAUACAUCAACACAAGAGGUAGCACUGACUCGCUUAAAGAAAGAGGGAUAGGGUGAUUCACAGAGUGUAAUUGAUAAAUUUGAAAUUUUAACAUGAAUUUUGCAAUCUAAAACUGACAGUGGUGUUCAUCCUCCUAGUUCAUCUUUUACUGUGAUCUCCGCUUCAAAGUCAUUUCGACACAAAAGAAUAUUCGCCACACAAAAUUUGUUGUAUGGCACACAUGAACACAAUACAUUUCUCGUAGUUAAAGGGUAAAGGUGAAAUAUUGUCGGAAGAAAGCUGUGUUUUUAAAUUAAGCGCAUCACCGGUCUUAAAGUCGCAUAUACUCCUCUUGAUUGCGGGUCACGACAAGUGAAACUGACUACUCUUCGUUCAUUGCCUUUCUAAUUGAGAAAUCUUUUUAGGAUCAGUUCUGUCUGAAGAAAAAUAUCCAAGGGAAAAGCUUCGCAAUUUUGUCGACAAAUGUCCUUUUCGAAUCACUCAUAGAAGCAAAUUGGCCAUCGACAAGAUUUUCAUUCUCAAAAACUGGUUCGUUAUUUUAAACUUUUCUAAACUUUUCAUCUACAAUGUAAAUAAAAAAAAAAUUGAAGCUUGAAGGGAAAACUUUGACGCACCUUAUAAAUUCGAUUUGUGACAGGCCACCCAAGCCACCCGCUAUGCUGUAAAUGAAGUUUCUCUAAUUAUAUUAAAAAGGAACUAAAAUGAGAAGUUUAAGGUUACUUUUGAUAAACUCUAACAUCAGUAAAAGCUUUUUUCGUUGAAUAUUGAAAAGAGUUCAAUAACAUACUUAACUAGUGAUUCGUAUUUAGUUCAGUUUAGCAAGAAGCAAGAGGCGCCCUUUCAAAGGAGUGCAUUGAUCAACAUAAGGUAUUUUAACGAACAGGAAAUAAUAAAUGG